UAAUAUUGGCUAUUCACCAUACGAAGGAAGCUACAACAGAAAAAUCAACCAAUCAGGAAGCAGUGCAGAUAUUUCUGGGUCCAGAUUAACGCUUUGAUUGGCCAAUUACUCGUCAAUGGGUGGUUUACACACGUUAUCUCAGAGGUCACCAACAUGGCGCUGUCCGUGUUGAAAAUACACACUACAUAAAUCUCUGAGUGUCUGACUUUUGUGAAUAACUAUGAUGGGUCACAAUGAUUUUAAAUGAACGUCAGCCCACCAAAUUAUUAUUUUGCUGCUAUAUAAAAGGAUUACUGUAAGAUAUUUUCUAGUUUUUGAACUAUGUCUGGUUCAAAUGUUUGGACUCGCAGCAGAGCGCGAAUGAGACUCUUCCCAGAGCUGAUGGCUCAAUGCUCAGGAGAGGCAGCUGCUUAUGGGAAAUGUGUGGCUGCCACAACCACUGGAAAACAGGAGCUGACCAAAAACAUGUGUGUCAAAGAAUUUGAAGCACUGAAAAGCUGCUUUCAAUCUGCUGCGAAAAAGGGAGUAAAGUGAACAACAUCAUGAAUAAAUGUUAAUCUUGACAGCGCUGGAGAUCAUUUUAAUUAGCCAGUAAAACAUUUCUGGUGAUCAAUAUCUUUUGUCUUCUUUCAUAGUUGCUUUUGUCAUUUCUCUCAUAGAUAUUAAUAUUGUGUUUCAAAUGGAUAAUUGUGCACAAAAAUACAAUACAUUUUUUUAUAAAAACAUGGAA